AAUGGAACAUGCUGACCGGCGGAUCCGGAAACGGGCGAUCAGUUUAAAAAUGGCGGCAGAAUUCAGGCUGCUUCAGUCUCGCCUUCACUUGGGACAACGACAGGCGAAUGGAACCUACGUCCGGUCCGAUGGACGGGAUCUAGGGGAAAGGCGAGAUACGGCCCUGAACAUAGGGUCCAUUUCAACCGCAGACGGCUCGGCGCUCGUCAAGAUGGGCUGCACCACCGUCGUAUGUGGCAUUAAAGCGGAACUGGCAGAGCCAAGCGUGAGCGAACCCAAGUGUGGUUUCAUCGUGCCCAACGUGGACCUGCCGCCCCUGUGCUCGCCCAUGUUCAAGCCGGGACCACCAGGUCCCCAGGCCCAGGUGCUCAGCACCAUGAUGCUCGAUAUCCUGUCAAACUCCAACUGUGUGGACCUGGAAAAGCUGUGCAUUGAAGAAGCCAAGUUGUGCUGGUGCCUCCAGCUGGACCUCACCUGCCUGGAUUACGACGGGAACCUGGCCGAGGCGUGUGUGCUGGCUGCCACGGCUGCGCUUUCCUCACUCACAUUGCCCAAGGUGUCGACGGCUGAAGGCAAGGUGGACGUGCUGCUGGAGCGCGAGGCGGUCGGGGUCAGCCCGGGCCCCCUGGCGGCGAGCUUUGCGGUGCUGGCCGACGACGUGGUGGUGGCGGACCCCACUCACGAGGAGGAGUGCCUGGCACAGGAGACCUUCACCGUGGUCCUCGCAGCAGACGACACACUCUGCACCGUCCACAAGCCAGGCGGCUCCUUCCUGAGCCCGGAGCAGAUGUCGGACCACCUGGAGCAAGCCCAGAGACUGGUCAAGGACAGCCGUACCCUGCUGAACACGGCGCUGGCCACCGCACCUCGCCCCUGAAGAACACCAACAAGCCGAGAGCACGCAAGAACCCUUUAUUGGGUCGUUGCUAAAAACACAGACGGCCUUGACGAGUCUUCCUCCGGACGAAGCUCGGUUGUAUAUAUAAUAUAGACGCUCGUGCCGCUUCCACA